AUGGCCACUUUUGUGUUAAUCAUUUAAUUUAAUUUAUUUAAUUUGUUUAUCAGUUAAUUUCUGUGGCUAUUAACAUUCAAAAUGACUUUGGUAACAUGACCAAUUUAACCAGUCUAUUAUUUUGUCACAUGAACUGUACAGAAGGUGCAAAAAAAUGGAGCAACACCUCAGGUGGAACUAUUAUUUCAAGGCAGGUGCAACCCAGUUGCUUUAGGGGGAUGGACUUCCGCCCACUUUUCAGAUGCAAUCUGAGAGGCAAACCGAGUGCGCUGUGUCUUCAUUGCUCCUGAACUUUACCUGUAUUUGCAGGGAUUUCUUCUUUGUUAUUGUGGCACCAUUCCUGGGGCCCGUAACAAAUUGUGGGGGCUCGUCCGGGAUCCACUUCCUGUUGAGUCUUCUAAGGAAGAGGGUCCAGAGAUACUAGAACCAUAAAGUCAACGUGAGAUGGCAUCGCUGUAGCCGAGACGACAGCUGGUGGGUGUCCACAAAGAGAAGUCAAGAUCUGUACGAGGGUCUUCACUCCACCAACGGAACUGCACCUCUGUGUCUCAUUAGUCGAAGCUCAUCAUGGCAGCAGCGCGCAAGGAGCUGGUUUGGAGCAUCAAAAAGAACCUGUAUAAGCUUUCAGGUGCAGAAGCCUAUCAGCUCGCAAGGGAUCUGGUCACAGACAGCCAGAGUAGUGAAUUAGAGUCCACUGAUGAAGAAGGUUGUGUGGAUUGCAUUAUCAACUAUAUGCAGUCAGAUGCUUUGUUAAAUUCUGAGGAUGAGGGAAUGAGUCAGUUGCUGGUGCUAAAUGAUCUUGUAUGCAGUAUGGUUGAAAAUCGUGGCCUAUUGAACACUGCUAAUGGGGUGGCGCAGCCACUGGAGUCACCAGUUGUUAGUGCUAAGACAGUCGAGCGCACUACAGUGACACAUGCUACCUUUGGCCAGUUACCACCAGUUACUAACACUCAACAGCAUACCACCCCCUUACUUUCCAUCCCCAGAGAGCCUACAACAUCACAGCAGACUGACUUUGGUGCACAGGCUCGCACCACCAAUCUGAGUCCAACCCAGCCUAGAAUCAUAAAUGAUGAGCGGUUUGGAGAGCCACAGCAUUUUAGAAAUGCAAGUAACACAUAUCCUAGUGGGGCACACAGUAUAGGUGACCCAGUAACACAUGCAGCAAUAUCUCACCCCUCAUCACAUGUAACCACUGAGAGAAUGGUUUCCUUAAAGGACCUCUCUUACCUCCAACGGAGGGAAUUUAAGGUACAUGGUGGCCAGAUUGGGGACCACAAUGCUGACAUAACUUAUAGCAGCAUGUGUAAACAGAUAGAUGAAGGCAUUAGAGAGGGUUUCACAGAGACUGAGGUUAUCCGGGGUGUAUUGAGGAUUGUAAAGCCAGGUGUCUUCAAGGAUAUGCUCAUCAACAAAGACGAAAUCACUGUGAAUGAACUCAAGGGCUUUCUCAGAUCACACCUGGGUGAAAAGGCCAGCACUGAAUUGUUCCAAGAGCUUAUGUGUGCAAGACAGAGUGAACAAGAAACCCCACAACAGUUCUUGUACCGCAUGAUUGGACUCAAACAGAAGAUCCUGUUCCAAUCAAAACAGAAGGUGCAAAAAAAUGGAGCAACACCUCAGGUGGAACUAUUAUUUCAAGGCAGGUGCAACCCAGUUGCUUUAGGGGGAUGGACUUCCGCCCACUUUUCAGAUGCAAUCUGAGAGGCAAACCGAGUGCGCUGUGUCUUCAUUGCUCCUGAACUUUACCUGUAUUUGCAGGGAUUUCUUCUUUGUUAUUGUGGCACCAUUCCUGGGGCC